AUGUCUAAUCAGAAUAGCUAUGAUCCUUAUGAAGAACUUCCUUCACCGAAGAUUGAACUACUACAUGAAAUGCUCAGCCUACCAAAUAUUUUCGAUUACAGAACAACUUUUACACCACCUGGUAUCGAUCAAUCUUGCCGUAGUAGUCUGGAUUCUCUAUCAAAAUCACUAACGUUUUCUGAACAGUUCUCAUUAGAAAAUUUUGAAUAUGGUUUAGAUAUUUAUCAAUGUCAACGUGCUCCUUCGCCUGAUAUUUUUGGAACAACUUUACCAAGUACAAACUUGCGACUCCAAGAUAAAAAACUUCUUAUUCUAGCUGAACCAAAAGCAUUUUAUCGUGAUAGAUAUUAUUGUGAAACGGAUAAAACAAAGAAUCGAGCACAACGUUUUAUUCGUGCUGCAGAUAAUCAACUCAAAUAUGAAUAUCCAACUGUUAAAAUUCCAAAGAAAUGGUGUGAUCCAACACGACAAAUAUAUAUUCGAGUUACAUCAGUUACUAUAAAAAGCGAACAUGUACCUUAUCAUUGUAUACAUCCUUAUGAAAUUGAUACAGAAGCCAAAAAUGUGAUUAAAGAUCCUGAGCAUAAUUCAUUAUAUUUUCCUAUUAAUGAAAAGGAAUUUAUUACCGGUGAAAAAAGUUUUCAAAUUAGUCGAAAAAAAAUGACUCAAAAUGAUUUAAAAGAAUAUGGGCCUCUCCGUUUGUUUAGUUCAUACGAGCCUGAUAGACAACUUGUUCUCAACUCAACAACUGCUAAAUACAAGAUAACCACAUAUCAAUUAAAGAAGUCUCAAUUUAUUUUUACUGUUGCUGAACGACAUGAUAAUAUUUUACUUCCUAUUCCAAUACUUCAUACAUCCGCCGAAUCUCAAAUUAUGCUUGAUAAAGGAAAUAAUAGACGAGGAGAUUCAUCAAUGAAUUAUUCCAAUGAUAAAUCGAAUAGUGCGAUUAAAUGUAUACCACAAAAAGGUGAUUGGCAAGGUGGUGAUGAAGUACUCAUUAUUAUGUCUAAGCCAAUCAAACGAAAAGACUAUACAAUAUGUUUCGAUUUUGAUCUAUUUGGAACACAAAUUAUUAAUGAAAUAACACAUAUCGAUACAAAAAUAAUUUUAUUUCGAACACCACCAUGUCCAAUAUUGCCAGGAGAUGAAAACAUGAAAGUAUCUGUUGUUAUUAAAAAAAAUAAUAUAGUUUUAUCUUCAAUUGAUUUUUAUUAUGUGACACCAAUGAAAGCAACAAUUCAACUAUGUGCACAGUGUCAAAGUUAUAUGAAUGAUAAUCGUAUAAGUAAUAAAAGAAGAUAUGAACGUGUGGAAUUUGAUAGUGGGCAAAGUCUCGUUUCACAAAUGCAACACUUAUCAAUAGGAGAGGAAAAUAUGCGAUCUAAUACUCAAACUUCAUCAGAUGAAAAAACUGACAAAUUUGAUAAAUAUCUCAAUCAACUACAAGUUGCUUUAGAAAAAUUUGUUCGUACAAAUGAUCCUUCUCGAUUAUUUCGUCGAACACGUAUUUUAUUAUCUAAAUGUAAUGAAAGUUCACCUCCAUUACAUGAUGCUAUUCAACGUGGACAUAUACAAAUAGCAUUAGCACUGAUUGAACAAGUUCUUGAUAUGAAUCCAUCACAAGGAUUAUUAGAAAAAGAAAAUGAAAAUGGUGAAACACCAUUAUUAAUUGCAGCUAAAUGUAAUCAAUGGAAACUAAUUGAACCUAUUCUCAAAAAUCGAUGUGAUCUUGCUAAACAAAAAGAUAAAGAUGGCAAUAAUUUAUUACAUUUACUUGCAAAUUCGAAUGAAGAUGAAAGUGCAGAAAUAAUUAAGAAUAUUUUUAAAAUUUUACCUGAUCGAAUAAAAACAAAUCUGUUGAAGGAAAAAAAUAAAAAGAAUCAACGACCAUUGGACAUUGCACAAUCUCAUGGCGAUUCUUCUUCGUCUGAGCUUUUAAUCGAAAAUGAAAAAUAA